AUGCUCUCUCUCUCUCUCUCUCUCUCUCUCUCAAGAGAAGUCUGGUUCUUCCAUUUGUCUGAAAAUCGUGCACCCUUUUCUUCUCUCUCUCCAACUGAGCUAUCCAGCCUCAUGGUGAUGGCGUGAAGAUGACAUGGCUGUGUUGUUGAUGAAAAUGGCUCACAACUGCAAGAGCAACACCAGCAAUGUCAAUGCCAACAACAGUACGGAAGAAGUGAAGCCCACGAUCUUCCAUGACUUUCUGGGUAAAGGGUACGCCUCCGAUUCGUUGCCGGCGGAGCGUAUGUCUUCCGGCGGACAUGUCAGACUAGAGUCUGAACUGAUGCCGUCUUCUGUCUCCCCAGGUGCCUCUUCUGGUGGUGGCCGUGGACCCAUCUCCACAACUUCUGAUCUAGGUUCUGGAAGACAGGCAAGGAAUCAUUUCGAGGGGGUGCCAUUCUAUGGCCCAAGAAGUGACUUUUCAGGGCAUGAGGCAAGUAACAGAGUUGUUGGAAGUAAACGAAGUAACUCAGAUCUUUCUUUUAUGGGUUCAUCAAGAGAUGUCAUUCUGCAAAUGCGACAAGACUCACUGGAGAGCUCGCAUUUGAUGAAGAUUAUGCGAAAGGUAGGGAGAGAGCAACCUAGGCAGUCCCACGAUGAGGAAGCUUACUUUGGUAAGCAUCCAAUGAGGCCAACUUCAGCCUCUGUUGUAUUGCAACCGACCACGAGUGAUAGAACUGACACCAAUGUGUCUGAAUGGGAGCGAGCAAUACCCAUGAAUGUUGGCCCCGGAGUGCGGUAUCCCCCACGUGCAGGUCAAGUUGUGCCUUUCCAGCAUCAAACACCAGCAAAUAGAUUGAAAGCCAGCAAUUCAGGCCCGUCUGUUAUUUCUCAAGCAGCUGCAGAUGAAGGGUCUAGGACUGGUAUUAAAGGAUCCGGCAUUUUGAGCUCUGUUAAUGCCAUCUCUGAUAGAAAUCCUUCUGGGGUGCUGGCAAGUGGUGGCAAGCGGAAGUCUGGGACUUGCAUUAUUGAGCCUGAAUCUUCUACUCCUCCCAAACGAGAAGGAAUAGCAUUUGCUAAUCACCAGAUGACUAUAUUUUAUGGCGGUCAAGCCCAUGUUUUUGAUAAUGUCCACCCAAACAAGGCGGAUGUAAUAAUUGCCUUAGCUGGAUCAAAUGGGGGAUCUUGGUCCACAACCUAUGCGCCAAAAUCAUCUCUCAGGUCACCGUUUGGUGAAAAUUAUAUGUCGAGUGGUGGGAACGAUAUAGGCGCAGCCAGUAAUUUUGCAUUAUCACCAGCAUUUCAUGGAAAGUUAUUGGUUGCAGGGAAUUCCAGUCACGGGUUUGGCUCUGGUGACCGAAUCUCAGUGCUGCCAGGUGAUCAAUAUUAUUUCCAGAAUUUGGUUUGAUGGAUUCUUUUGGGUUUUCAUUACAUGUUUAUUUUCUAAUGGCCUCUGGAUGACAUCUUCCAUGUUGGGAUGGAAUUUGAUCCGAACCACAUUUCAAUAUUGAACCGCUUACACUAAAUAGUGAGCCGCUUUUCAAUAUUUCACAAAUAUUCUCAUUUCACCACUAGCACCUUGGCCUAGUGGUUACAUGGGGUUAGAUUGGGGGUAGACAUCAUGGUUUCAUUUAAAUGGCCUAUCAAUGGGAAUAAAUUAUCUCAUUAGAGACAAUGGUUGUCUUGCAAUAAUGUAAGCUGUUUCUACUUGCCACCAUGAGCGCGGAACAUUGGCCCAAAUCAUGCUGUUAAAAAACAAGAAAUAUUCUCUUUCAUUGUCUUGUUUUCUUGGUAGAUGAGCAUAGCAUAAAUGACUGACCAUGAACCGGUGGGAAAGAAGGUCCCUCAAACAUCAUCAACCACAAGUCUUUUUAAUUUACAGGGGAUUUUAUUUCCAAUCCCCCCAAGAAUGUACUUUGUAGUACUUAGACUUGCACAAUCAAUUGUUCUCCUGUUUGCCUGUCUGAAGAUUUGUUCCAUUUGAUGAUGACACAGUCCUGCAUAGUGGGUUGUUCAGAUGCCAUGGACGGCUAUGUUUAGUGUUCCCAUUUCUGUAUAAAUUACUUAUGUUGCAUGGGAUAGGUGCUGUAGGAGUUCGUCAGGGUAAUAUUGUAACAAAAGAUGCAAGAGGCCCCGUACAAGCAGCGGAACUUAGUACCGAACCAAAAGGUGAAGUAUGAUGUAGGACUUGGAAUUGGCAUGUGUACAUUAAACGAGUUGUACCCUUGAAGGAAGCGGUUAUUCUGCUCAACUCCUUUAUUAUCGUUGCACUUUGCCCUUUUUGUAAUUCUUUUUUCCUUUUUUAGUUCCAUAUUUGAUCUGUAGCGACCUGACUAAGUGAUCAAAUCCAUGAUCAUAUGGAGCAUUUUCUGAAUUUUCCAUAUUUCCCUAUGUAUAACAUUCAAUUUUGUCUUUGACGAACUUGGUUUUCCCUUGUUCAUUUUUUGUGUUUUGAGGAUUUGAACAGAACUUCCAAUUCAAAGAUUAAAU